AUGUCAUCAAACUUUAUGUUUUUUGGUAGCAGAAGAAUCAGUCUCAAGAUGAUUACUAAAGAUGCGAAAAUGUCAAGAGAGCAUUUGGGAAAUGAGAACGAGUUACUAAAAUCUGGAAAAGAAACUCCUUCUAGUCCAGGAGCAUCUAAGAGAGUUAAUCGCCGAUUGUCAGUGGCCCAGGAGGAUAAAGGAUUUUUGGACAGAGAGUUCAAUAAUCUGACUCCAGAAGUGGAUUUUAAUCAGGAAAAAUGGGAGCAAAGAACUACACAUCCUAAACCUGAUACUCCGUUGCAUUUUCGCGAAUCCAAUGAAGAAUCAGGAGCAGAUAAGACAACGGACAUCAACUUUUAA